AUCCAUUCUCUGCCAGCUUCGCUCGUCAUGGCGACGAACCCAAAUGCCAUAAAUGUCAACGACCCAGGGCUGAUUACCCUCGUAAACAAGCUCCAGGAUGUGUUUACGACAGUAGGAGUACAAAACCCCAUAGACCUGCCGCAGAUUGCUGUCGUCGGAUCGCAGUCCAGUGGUAAGAGUUCGGUGCUGGAGAACAUUGUCGGACGAGACUUUCUACCUCGAGGAACCGGCAUCGUCACGCGGAGACCGCUCAUUCUCCAGCUCAUCAAUCGCGCCGGAUCGGGCCAGGCGAACGGCGUCAGUGAGGAAGUCAAGACAUCGGACUCGGCGGCCAACACCGACGAGUGGGGCGAGUUUCUGCACGUCCCCGGCCAGAAGUUCUACGACUUCAGCAAGAUUCGGGAGGAGAUCGUGCGCGAGACGGAAUCCAAGACCGGGCGCAAUGGAGGCAUCUCGCCGGCCCCCAUCAACCUGCGCAUAUACUCGCCCAACGUCCUAACACUCACCUUGGUCGAUUUGCCGGGCCUGACAAAGGUGCCUGUCGGCGACCAGCCGAGAGAUAUCGAGCGCCAGAUUCGCGAGAUGGUGCUGAAGCAGAUCAGCAAAUCGAACGCAAUCAUCCUCGCCGUCACCGCUGCCAACACCGAUUUGGCCAACUCGGACGGCCUGAAGCUCGCGCGAGAGGUCGACCCAGAGGGCCAGCGGACAAUCGGUGUGCUGACCAAGGUCGAUCUGAUGGACGAUGGAACCGACGUCGUGGACAUUCUCGCCGGCCGCAUUAUUCCCUUGCGGUUGGGCUACGUCCCGGUGGUAAAUCGAGGGCAAAGGGAUAUUGAAAACAAAAAGGCCAUCUCCUAUGCUCUCGAGCACGAGAGGCAAUUCUUCGAGAACCACAAGGCGUACCGUAACAAGGCCGCCUACUGUGGUACACCGUAUCUGGCGCGCAAGCUCAACUUGAUCCUCAUGAUGCAUAUCAAACAAACUCUCCCCGACAUCAAGGCGCGUAUCGCAUCCUCUCUGCAAAAAUACGCGGCAGAACUCUCUCAGCUCGGACCCUCUUUACUUACCAACAGCUCGAACAUCGUUCUCAACAUGAUUACCGAGUUCACCAACGAGUACAGAGGUGUUCUUGAGGGAAACAACCAGGAGCUGUCUGCGAUAGAACUCUCCGGAGGUGCCCGUAUCUCAUUUGUCUACCACGAACUGUACGCCAACGGUGUCAAGGCAGUGGAUCCUUUCGACCAGGUAAAGGAUAUGGAUAUCCGGACGGUGCUGUACAACUCUUCCGGAUCUUCGCCAGCGCUGUUUGUUGGCACCACUGCGUUUGAACUCAUUGUCAAGCAACAGAUCAAGCGCCUGGAAGAUCCCAGCAUUAAAUGUGUGAGCUUGGUCUACGACGAGUUGAUCCGCAUUCUUGGCCAGCUCCUCAACAAGAACACAUUCAGACGGUAUCCUGCACUCAAGGAGAAGUUGCACGCAGUUGUCGUUCACUUCUUCAAGAAAGCUAUGGAGCCAACGAAUAAGCUCGUUAAGGAUCUGGUUGCCAUGGAGUCUUGCUACAUCAACACGGGUCAUCCUGACUUUAUCAACGGCUCCAGAGCUAUGGCUAUCGUUCACGAGCGACACAACACAAGGCCGACGCAAGUAGACCCCAAGUCAGGCAAGCCCCUCCCUCCCCAGGUUCCGCCGCGAUCGAUAUCACCUACACUGGAGGUCAACGACGGUGGUGGCUUCUUCGGCUCGUUCUUUGCGAGUAAGAACAAGAAGAAGAUGGCGGCUAUGGAGCCUCCGCCUGCAACUUUGAAGGCCUCGGGCACGCUCUCAGAGAAGGAGUCUCAGGAGGUUGAAGUGAUCAAACUCUUGAUAUCCUCAUACUUUAAUAUUGUCCGCCGGACAAUGAUUGACAUGGUCCCCAAGGCUAUCAUGCUCAAUCUUGUAUCAUGGAGCAAGGAGAAUAUGCAAGGCGAGCUCCUGACGAACAUGUACAAGACCGACGAGCUUGAUGAGCUGCUCAAAGAAAGCGAGUACACAGUCAAGAGGAGGAAGGACUGCCAACAGAUGGUGGAGAGCUUGUCGAAGGCGCAGGAGAUUGUCAACCAGGUGCAGUAGUCUGGUGGAUGUGAAGGUAGGAAUGGAAGGGUGGACAGAUUUGACUUGUUUUAGUGUUUGGGUGACACUCUAGUCUACUCAUGAUGUACG